AUGGGCGUGUUGUAUUGGGCUAUGAUGUAUCUAUCACAUCACUAUCUCAUCAACGUUGUAGGCAGUGCAUGCCUCACCACUGCCUCCUUCUACCUAUUUUUCCCAGACGACCUUAGGGGCUCCGCAGCACUCAUGCCCCCAUCCAACAUCACUUCUUCGUCCUGGUUCAGGGGCAGGUCAAAGUAUGAAGUGUACAAUUUGGAGGACCUGCAUAGGGGAGGAGGAGGAGGAGGGAUAAAUGGGACAGUGGAUACUGUGGAUUUUGAACUGAGCGAGAUGAGUUUGGAUGAUGAGGAAGUGGAUAUCACAUAUCGCUCGCCUGUGCCUGGUUCACUUGCUUUAUUUGGCUCACAGCAGAAACAGAUAUGA